AUGUCAGCCUCACCGCCUGAUAUGCCCCUUAUAAGACAGACAAAUGCCCUUCCCUUUUUUGUCCACCUGCUCAUCAUCUACAAUGAAAACAUCCAACUCCCUUUUACGCCGAGGAAGGUCCCCAAGGAACACACCAAAUUCGUUGACGGUCGUGUCAUCUACAAAUCACAGUCAUUCGGCCGUGAAAAGGGCCAUAUCAAAUAUGGCUUGCCGGUUCUCUCUGAUUUCGGUGAAGCUCGAAUCGGAAAUGUUCACACUGGUCUGAUCCAACCGGAUCUUUAUAGAGCCCCGGGGGUCGUCCUUGGAAUGGAAUGGACGUCAAAAGUUGAUAUUUGGAACGUAGGGACACUGAUCUGGGAUUUAUUCGAAGAUCAUCAUCUAUUUGAUGGCCGAGGACCCGACAACCUGCACUCAGACGAGCAUCUUCUGGCUGAAAUGGUAGCAAUUCUUGGUCCUCCUCCGGUGACUUUCUUGCAGAAAUGUCCAGCAAGUCAAUGGAAGGGGGAAGCGUGUUUGCCUGACAUUACCCUAGAGGACUCGGAGGAGUAUCUUGAAGGACAAAAUAAGAUCAUGUUUCUUCGCUUCAUGAGAAAGAUGCUGCAAUGGGAUCCAGACAAGAGACACAACGCCCGUGAGCUUUUGGAAGACCCCUGGCUUAAAAACUUUUGA